UCCUCACAGACUUCAUUCGCUUCAUCUCCACCGCGACAACGAAAGAGAAUACUCUGGAUUCUGGAAGUGAAUUUUUAAAAUCAAAUUCUUUUAUCCUUAUCCACUGGAUAACUACAGUUUUUAAUUUGGAAACUUUUACCUUUUUGGUGGUGUUCACUGUUCACACGAUUUAUCGGAAUGGCUUCUGAGAGUGCGUCGGAAGACAUUGAUCUGAAGGUUCCUUCUCAAAACGUAGCUAGUCAUAGAAACGAUGGGGCUGAUUUCAACGAUUCAGAUCAAGAUGCCUUUAAAAUUCCCUUUGAAAAUUCCAGAGUGUCAGAAGGUAAAGUGGAAGCUUUGACAGAUGAGCGCGACAGAUCCGAGAAAACUGCUGUCGUAACAUGUCCCUAUGAUCCGCCAUUAUGGGCCACGAUUCCUGAUCCAGGAUAUUCGUUGGAAGUUGUGCGAAAUGGAACGAUUGUCAAUCGGGUCGAUCUCUCAUCAAGCGGUAAAAGUUAUUUCAUUAUUGGACGCUUGCCCGAUCACUGUGAUAUCAGUACGGAGAAUCCCAGCUGCUCGCGAUUCCACGCCAUUCUUCAGUUUGGACAGAAAGAUCCCGACGAUAAAAAGGGAUUUUACCUGUACGAUUUGACCAGUACGCACGGAACUUUUCUUAAUAAAAUCAGACUCCCAGCCGCGACGUAUCAGCGGCUGCAGAACGGUUUCGUCAUGAAAUUCGGACAGAGCACGCGCUUGUACGUUAUGCAGGGGCCGGGUGAUGGCGAAGAAGAGGAACAGGACCAAGUUACAAUGGCAGACAUGCGAGUUGCGAAAGCCGCAGCGCUUGAAAAGAAGUCGGAUGAUACUGCGAAAGAAGUUCCUAAGGAAACCGAAGAUUCGGGUAUCGACUGGGGCUUCGGAACAGAUGCAUCGGAUGAAGUGGAGGAAAAAGAGGUCGGUUUUCUGGAAGCAGCUGUGUCCGGUGACGACGCAUACUUCAGAGAUGAUCCGAAGAAAGCUUUAAAUGCCUUUUUUGUGCGGGAAGGCAUGGAUAUGGAGUAUGAUGUGGAAGAAAUCGGUCAGGGCUAUAAAAAGCAGUUCCUCUGUCGAAUUCCUUUGCCGGUGGAGACAACUAACGGUAGACAGCUCGUUGCGGAAGCCACUGUACAUGGGAAAAAGAAGGAAGCAUUAGCCGCUGCCAUCCUGGAAGCUUGUCGCAUUCUUCAUGCCAAAGGUGUAUUGAAAGGCACAACUAGUGUGGGACGUCAGCGAAAGGCCCGGAAUUGGGCAGAUGAAGAUUAUUACGAUUCAGAUGAAGAUGCGUACCUCGAUCGAACCGGAACUGUCGAACGGAAGCGCCAACAACGGAUGCAGCGGGCAAAAACCGCCAAGCAAGAAACCGAAACGUUUGACAGCUUGUCGCAGCGCUUGGAGGAUGUGAAGAAAGAAAUGCUCGAUGUAACAGAGAAAUUACAAAUGGCCGACAAGAAUAAGGCAGCAUCGAUGGGAGACGGGGGUGUGGAUGCGCUGGAUAGUUUCAUGGAGGCCAUCAAGUCCGGUCUGAUAAUGGACCCAAAGACCAAAAUCAAGCUAAGACAGAGAUUGAGUGAACUGAAACUGGAAGAGGCGCGACUGAUCCGGCUGAUCAAUAUUGUCAAACCCUUAGAUUUACCAGCUAUUUUACCGAGUUUUUCCAGUAAGCCACUGAAGCCGGAACCGGAACCCAAUGCGGAAGGCUUUUCUUACGGCCGAUUAAAAGCCGCUCCACUGCCGCCCCGGUCGGCGCCGGUUUAUGACCAUGGAAAUGUGGAAGAGUUCAAGGCCGAAGAGGAUGACGAAGACGGUGGUAGAGGCGAUGCUGGUGACCAAAACAAAGAUGUGCAAAGCAGCACUGCUUUUCAGGAUCCCGUUAGUCAGGUGAUCUUCGACUGUGCGCCUACCAAAACUGCGAAUGAGCAGCAAAACGAGGCGGUAAAUUCUGAGAUUAAGAGGAAGACUUCCAUGAGCACAAGUCCCGAAGAAGAAAGGAUUAUAUCUAGCGGUAGCGCGGCUGACGUGAGACCAUAUCUUCCCCAGAGCAAGAAGAAGAAAAUUGAUCGGAAAGGAAAUUAUGAAUAUGAUGCCUCGGAUCCGGAUUAUGCAAUGUGGGUGCCACCUGAAGAUCAAGCCGGAGAUGGGAAGACCAAUCUCAAUGCUCGCUUGGGAUAUUAGUCUUUGUUCGUGUUUUUUGUUAUACAGUAGGGUGCAACUGCUCGGCAUACAUGGUUAUAAAUCACAGUUUUUGUACCUUUAUCUGAUCUGUAUCAGACGCUCGUUUUCGAAGCAUUUGUAAACUAAUGUUUUCAAAAUUUGUUGCAACUACUAACUGGGAAAAUAUUUAUAUGCUCGUAGUGGACAUUAAACAGAACGCUGA